AUGGCUGCCGAACGAGUGACUGGAAGAAUAUCCUGCACGACAUUUUCCCGUCCGUUACACCACCUUCCACUCUCGAAAUCAGCCGAUCUGAGACUUAGUCCACCAUGCGUCCCUUCUCUACUGCCUGUCAUUUUAUCCGUUCCUAUCUAUAGAAUUAUCUGUCUGUACGUCAAGCAUUCAGGACGCAAAUCCAUCUAUCAUUCUUUCUCUCUCUCUCUCUCUCUCUCUCUCUCUCUCUCACACACACACUAUCUUUCUAUCUCUAUUCUUUCCCCCUUUCGCACUCUUCCUCUCUCUCUCUCUCACUACCUGAAGCUCUCUCUCUCUCUCUCUCUCUCUCUCUCUCUCUCAGACACACUCUGCCUUUUACAGUCACUCACUCUCUUUCUAUCUCUCAUUAUCUCUAUUUCAUUCACUCUAACUCACUCUCUCUCUCUCUUGCACUCUAUCUCAUUCACCCUCUCACGCUCUCGCAUUUUCUCUCUCUCUCACGCUAUUUGUCUCUAUCUCUCAUACACAGACUCUCACUCUCUCUCACUCACUCUCUCUCAAUCUAUCACUCUCUUUCAAUCUCUUACAAUCUAUCUCAUUCUAUCUCUCUCUAUGCACUCUCUCUAUUUCACUAUCCUACUCUCUCCUUCAUACUCUCACUAUGUCACUUACUCUCUCCUAGUCUAG